CUUAAGGGGAGACUGGUAAGUGAGUUCCUUAAUCACCUUCUCUUCUGUUUAAUGAUCAAAGUCAAAGUGUAUAUGAGUUCCGUUCCCCAAAGGAUUACGUAUCUUAUAUAUAGAUAUCCCAGAUUCUGGUUUUACAGUAAUAGAAGUCCACUUCUAGGCAUUUGGCCAUGACAAAACAUACCAUGAAAACACUCUCUUUUAUUUUGGUCCUCUACGUUCUACAGAUAAAUCUUUUCCAACUUUCGUUUUCGCAGUCAUUCAUCACUUCUCUUCCAGGGUUUUCUGGCAAAUUGCCAUUUAAACUCGAGACGGGAUACGUGGGAGUCGGGGAGCAAGAUGAACAGCAGUUGUUUUACUACUUUGUGGAGUCGGAGCGCAAUCCGGUCGAUGAUCCCAUCUUGAUAUGGAUUACAGGUGGACCUGGCUGUUCUGCAAUCCGAUCCUUCUUUAAUCAACUUGGACCUUUGAGAUUUGACUACGAGAAUACGCAUGGGAAAAUACCACAACUGUUGGAUAAUCCAUAUUCAUGGACCAAGGUGGCCAGCGUCAUAUUUGUCGAUGCAUCUGGUUCCGGUUUUUCUUAUGCAAAAACUAAGGAUGGUUACAAAACCAGCGACACCAUAACCUCUCAAUCCAUCUAUGCCUUUCUUAAAAAGUGGCUUACCGAUCAUCCUAAAUUUCUGAACAACCCACUAUAUGUUUCCGGACUUUCAUACUCUGGCAUAACCGUUCCUAUCAUCGUCCACGACAUAAUUAAGGGCAACGAAGCUGGAAAUGUUCCCCAGUUAAAUAUUAAAGGAUACAUGAUCGGUAAUCCUCUCACGGAUAGGUUUAUUGACUUCAAUUCAAGAAUCCAGUAUGCUCAUAACUUUGCACUUCUAUCUGAUGAACUCUAUGAGUCGACAAAGGCACAUUGCCACGGUGAUUACAUAAACGUGAAUCCCGCCAACGGAUUAUGUACAGGGGCUCUGGCGGAAGUAAAUGAGUGUCUCAAGGACUUAAACGAACAUCAAAUAUUGGAGCCGAAUUGUGACGACACAGCCGUGCUUCAACAAUGGGAUAGAAGCACUUUCAAGACAAAUCCUGCAACUGGUCGCGUUUUGGCUCAACUACAAGAUUCCGAUACAUGGUGUCGGGUCGAUAACUAUGAGCUAGCAAUUGCUUGGGCGACAGACGCAGCUGUGCAGAAAGCUCUUCACGUGCGACAGGGAACAACGAAAUGGUCGAAAUGCAACGAUGAUCAUUAUUAUCUCGGUCGAAAUGACACAGAAACUUACAAGUAUAACGUUCCCAGUAGUGUUGUAUAUCACCGCAACCUGACCAAAAAGAAUUGUCGAGCUCUUAUAUACAGCGGUGACCACGACAUGGUUUUUCCAUACAUUGGAACAAGGCAAUGGAUCCACACUCUGAGAUUAAAAGUCGAGAGAACCUGGAAGCCGUGGUUUGUUAAAGGUCAAGUAGCAGGUUACACAGAAUCAUUUUCACAUGAUGACUACUCUUUGACAUUCGCAACAGUGAAGGGCGCAGGUCACGCAGCUCCUGAAUUCAAGCCGGAAGAAUGUUUGGCUAUGGUAGAUAGGUGGUUUGCUGAUACUCAACUGUGAUUCAGUUAAUUAAAUUCAAUAAGCUGAUUCUUGCAGAACGCAGGGAUACAUGGAAUUACCAUGUCGUUCAGUUAUAGUUCAGUUAUGGAAUUAGCCUAUUGCUGUAGCUUCUCUUGCUGCAUUGAAUUGAACUUCAUUUAUAAAUUUAGUUCA